CUGGUAUCCAUCCCAUCUCCCGUUACAUCUCCAAUUCUCCAUGAAGGGAUGAUACCCAAUUUAGACCUCCUCCUACUCGCUUUUUUCCAUGGCUCAUUCAUCUCCUGCAUCCUUCUUCUCAUCACCUCCUUCACCUUGAUCCUCCUCUUGCUUGCCAUCUCUGUCACACUCUUCCUUCUUUUGUUCAUCGAUGCCUACGACGUCCUCUCCUUGGUUUCCUGGUCAUUCGAAACCCUGAGAGCUAAUCUUGAACUGGGCUUCAUUUUGGCUAUUUGCUCGCUGCUACGCUUGCUCAUUGAUGCUGCUCUGGCUUUAAAACCUCCUUCCUUUCAACGCAGAGUUUCAGAGCUUAAAAUGAGGUUAUUUUAGUUAUUUAACGAAAAGAGUAGGGCUAUUAUCGUCACGUCUGUAUUCUCCUCAUCUGUUCAUGGCGUCUUCGUCUCUCCGCUCAAACCUCUGCAGCUUCGCUGCUGCCUCUUAUUCUUCGAGGAAACAGAGCUCCAACCAGGCCGUUGUAAUUCGAUGUGGGCCACGAGACAACCGUGGGCCGAUUGUAAAAGGCCGAGUACUGAGCACGGAAGCAAUCCAUGCCGUUCAAGCCCUGAAACGAGCCCAAAGAGCAGACGAAGCCAAGGUCGACGAACUCGUCUCCAGAGCCUUAUCCCGUCUGAUCAAGGCCGACCUCCUCGCUUCCCUCGGCGAGCUUCUGAGACAAGACCAGUGCCAUCUCGCCCUCAAGGUAUUCUCGGCCGUACGAUCGGAAUUGUGGUACAAGACCGACUGCUCUCUCUACGCCGAUGUGGUGGCAGCGCUAGCGAGGAAUGGCAUGUCGGAGGAGAUAGACCGUCUGAUAUCUGAGAUGGAGGAAGAAGGGUUGGGGGGUAGCGAUGGCCGAGGGUUGUCUCGGCUCAUCAAGGCGUUGGUUGCAGCGGAACGGGUGGAAUCGACGGUGGGGAUUUAUCGGUUGAUGAAGAGAGCCGGGUGGGGAAGUUCGCCUACGGCUGACGAGUAUGUGGUGAAGGUUUUGAGCAGAGGGAUGAGGAGGUUGGGAAAGAGGGAUGUCGCUGAUGAGCUUGAUUCGGCAUUCGAUAAUUUGUGGGAGGGCAAUUUAGAAAAAUCGAGUAUUAUAAUUAAUGACUAGAGUAGUGCUGGAUUUGUUUAUUUUAUUUUCUUCCAUUUUUCUUCAUUUAAAAUGUUCAAUAGUUAUGGGACAGGGUCUCUUCUGCACCCAAAGGCAAAGGGCCAUAGGAUAUCUUUGGUUUCAUAGAAAAUAGUAGAGAACAUGGUGUUAUUUAUGAAGAUUCAUGUGUGGAUUUUGAUU